AUGGCGGAGUCGAGCGACGAGGAGUUCGCAGUCGACCAGGCGCGCGUGAGCGAGGUUGGGCUCGACGAUGACGGGGAGGCCAUCAGGCGGUCCCGCAGUAGUUGCGCCAACGAGUCGCUGGGUCGCGUGGCUGAUCUGCUCUCGGCGACGCGGCCAGGGAUGCGGCUGUCCGUGCGCCCUGUUCGUGGAGACGGGCUGUGCUUUUUCCGCGCUGCGGCUGCCGAACUGGGACUUCCAGGCCGCGCGGCUUGGAAGCUGUACAGAUGGGCGCUGGUGAAGAUGAUGAGGCAGCGGAACCAGCAAUUGUUCGAGGCGCUGCAGCUGGACGAGUACGCCGUGGAGAGGAGGGCCCGCCUGCAGAAGGAGUUGCCAGCGCAGGUGGCCAGUGGCGUCGCGUGGGGCAGUCUCCCCAACUGGAAGGUGUUCUACGUGGACAUAUGCAUGGGCCUCCAUUCGGAGGACGUGUCGGCAACGCGCCGAUAUGCAGACGCUGUUGUGAUCACGCACUUCCUGGAGGCUUGUGGCGCUCUCGCUCUGUACGUGCCAUUCAACGCGUGGAGCCAGGCGGCCAUCUUCCCGGACCAGGGGUUGCUGCAGGGACGUGCGCAAAUCCCAGUGCUCGAUUUUGCUUUUGUCCACUAUGACGUCGACGGGUAUUCACACUACGAUGCGGUGGACGUGGCGACGUCAGGAGCUAACGCUCCGCGACCGUGGGAGCCGUCGACCGCGUGCCGGGGGAAGUUCAGCGACCCGUCGUGUUUCGCUGACGUGGAUGCGCUAUUCGGCGAGGAGGACGUGGCGGCUUUCUGUCAUCAGGCGUCCGGGCGCUUGCAGUUCACUGAGAGGGAGUGCGGCGGGCGCGAGUUCCGGCAGCAACGCGCGCCCGCAGCCGCGGAGGCCCCCGAGUCUGACUCCGACGCCGACCGGGAGUCAUCGCCCUCAGAGCCGGCGUCGGACUCCAAUUCCGAGCUGUCGGAGGCCCCUGCCGGGUCAGGGCAGUCCGACGUUGACCACUUGGCCUGCGGCGCCGACGUGGCGCACACGACGCUGGACGUCGCCCACGAAGCAGCUCGGGCUUUCUCUGCAUUUCUCCGGCAGGACCCGACGCUUCCUCCGCCGUUCGACCCGUCGGACGCCGCAGACAACAUCCAGGAGGUAAUGGACGGAUUGCAGUGGCCGAUCUGCAACUGCGCCGUUCGGCAGCGCCGCUGGACCGGGGAGACGGAAGGGGAUUUGCGGCGCCACGUAAUCAGCUGCCACCAGGCCUGCCUCCCAGCAGCGUGGAGGCAGGGGUGGAACAAGAGACUCGCUGACAGCGCCGACGAUGUCGGCGUCCAUGCCGAGGUGCUGGAGGAGCAGGAAGCGUGGAUCUGGUCCAUCUACUGCCAGGCGGUGGAGGUCCGGGCGCGCACUGGCAUGCCAGCUCUCGGCAUUUGCAGAGACCGGCGGGCAAUUCGCACCAUGAGGCAAGUGGCGAACGAUGCUUGUUUGUCGUCGCUGGUGUGCUUCUGCUGCGGUCAGAUCUACACGAGUGUCGAGGACCCCGAGUCCGCUGGAGUCAGUGAGAUUGGAUGGACGCCACUGCGCGGGCUCUUGCGCAGUUGUCCGCGUGAGCUCCUGGAGUACGCCUUCGGCUUGGACGCGUUCCUGGCGCACUUCCCGCACCCUGCUCCGGACCACCGCGGGACGCGGUCGCACCACUAUCCGACGCAGACAACCGCGUCUUCGCCGUGGGUGCGACCGGUGCGGUGGAAUGGUCCGAACGGAAGCCAGAACUCCAUGCGCUUCCUGUGCUGCCCGGAAGACGUGGUGUGCGACCGUCAGCAUGGAGUUGUUGAUGAGCUGAGCGAGUCGUGCCGCAUACCUCUGUGCUGGCAGUGCCGCGGCAUUUUCGCGAAGACGCGAACGGUGCGGGAGCGAAUCCCGCGUCCCGCCAUCGCCAACGACAAUUUUGUCGGGUUCGUGUCGGCAUGGUGGGAGAAGCACAAGCCCCGGUGGAUCGAGAUGGCCGCGGCCACGCCAGUGUGGACGAGUUUGAUGGCGUUCUACGUCGAGGGCGAUAAGGGCCACCUCAUGAACAAUCAGGCCAUGCAUCCGCACAGUCGGUACGCUGUCCGCGGUAAUCUGGCCAGCUUCCUGGUGCAUUGGGACGACGUCCUGGAGCGCCUGCUCGCCAUCACGGAGAGUUCCAGUGCUGCUGCGGCGCUGCCCCACGACGGCGAGACGCUGGCCCACUUGGUUCGCUUCGAGGUCCGGAUGAAAGACAAGGACAUGUCGAAGCACCUGAAGCACAUGCGCCUCCGCGCUCAUGUGGUGCUGCAGCUCGGCUGGGAGCUCAUCGACCGCGGCCACCCCGCUUUUUGUCGAGAUGCUGCUGGCAAUCCCAUCGCAAUCGCCGCUGCCAAGGAGGCGUUUGAAAGGCGCGUGAAGCAGUGCUACCCGUGGCUCGGCACCCCCGAGGACGCCGACGGGAAGGAUAACAAGCACGCGACUCCGGCGCUGGCCAGCACUGACGUCGCCUCUGUUUUCGACGAUGCCAGACCGACCGCCUGCGCGCCCACAGAUGCGACGUCCCGGCAAGGGACCGCGGGUCAGCGCCAACAGCGAGCCAUGGACGGCGGGCUGGUCGUCCCGUACGUCGCCGACGCGGCCAUGUUGGAGCAGUGGAACGGGAAGUACCCCGCGAUCGCUUUCCCGCACACGCUGCUGUGGCAGAGCGGGGGGCCAGACUUCACGAGGUCUUGGCGCAACGGUGCCGAUGCCGCACAUCGGCGCCGCGCGGUGGGGCGGCCCGAGGAAGUGCAAACCCGGCCGUCCAUCAGCAUGGGGAUGUGGCUUGCAGGCAUGAGUCGCCGAGUGGAACACCAGAUCCGAUCGGACUGGCUCUUCAUCCCAGGCAUGCGCAAUGUCCACUUCCGCUUUUUGGGCAUCACCGCGAGGUUGGGGAGCAAAGUCAGGAAGUACAAGGACGAAGACGGAUCCGCUUUCACGGAGCGCCUGACCACGGCUGUCCGCGGGUUGCACGACCUGUUGGCGAAGGGGUACUACGGGCCGAACAGGCGGCCAAUUGCUGGCAACUUGACGGUGCUGCACAUGGCGCAUGGCCUGGACACAACCCAGAAACAGAUCGUGCACAACAUGCGCUCUGUGACGAGCAGCCUUGCAGGCACCCAGGAGCUGCGUCGCAGGAUGGGCCACGUAUUCCAGUCUGGCGCGAUUGGAUACGGGCACGGGCUUUUCAUCACCAUCUCGCCAAAUGAGAAGCAGUCCUGCUUGGUGAUGCGUCUACACAGAGCACGCCAGGGCGACCCGCUGCUGCGCGCGGGCGCCGACGCGGAGCUCCCCGAUUUCGAUUUGCGUCUGUGCGAAGUGGCCAAUGAUCCUCUCUCGGUCGUUCAGGGCUUCCGCGUCGCCGUGAACGUGAUCUUGGGCCGCCUCCUGGGUCUGCGGUUGUGCGCCGAGUGCGGCGUCGCGCGAAGAUAUCGUAGGCAGCCCCGGUGCUGUUGCACGGACAAGUUCGGCUCCAAUUCGCGCCCCAUGGGCGGGAUUUUCGGGGUUGCUGCAGCUUUGCUUGGCGCCGUCGAGAACCAGCACCUAGGCACGCUCCACUUCCACGGGUUCGUGUACCUCGCGAACAUGUUCCAGCACGCACCCUUGACUGAGAUCGCGAGGACAAUUCGGGAGUCCCCUGGCUUGGCGGACGCGGUGAAGGAGUGGCACGCGUGGGUCCACAGGGAAGAGCACUGGGCCCCCGAGGAGCACCGGGAGAGCCUACCGUCGCUGGAGUCUGAGUGGCGGCAGAAUCACCGCGCAACGGAGCACGUAGGUCUGUGUCGGUGGCCCGCGUAUGUGGACCAUGCCGAGCCGAAGACGAAGUGGGACGAGGGGUGCGAUGCCGUUGCCUGCGACGCCGACGCGGCCACCUUCAAGCAGGCUUACGAGGCAGAUGCGCAGAUGAUCUUCUCGAAGGUCCAGCAUCGCCACCAUCCCAACGGGAAGCCGCUCACACACUGCAUCAAGAAAGGCUGCAAACACGGCGACAAGUGCAAGCACGGCUUCCCGAAGACCAUGCUCAUGGCGGCCCCAGAUGGACCGAGAUUCCGCGUUGUGUGCCCUCAGGUGGCCAGGGAAGUCGGGCUUAAAGUGAACGGGCCGAGGAAUGCGUUGGGCGAGAUCGCGGGGCCUCGGAACGACGAUUUCCUGAGCGGGACUUGUCCAGCAUUGGCGGUGGCAUUUCGGAGCAACACGCACACGGCGCCGAACAACCGGCUCCCGCUGAUCACAGGCAUUACUCACGACCCGAACUGCCUGUGUCGACACGGCUCCAGAGAAGACACAGAAGAAGGGCACCUUCGACGCAUCGCAUUCGCGGUGCAGCGGUCCAUGUCGAACUCCUCGCGGUACAUCGGCGGGUGCAUUUCCAAGGUGCAGCGCGUCGGGAAGAAGGCGCUGGAACUGGCGAAGACCUGCCUGUCCACGCUGGCCGAGCGACUCCAUGGGAAGUCCGAGAUGCAGCAGACGCUCAACACUGUGCACCGCUGCAUCGGGGACUGGGAGGCCAAGGGCGUGGCGCGGACGAUCUUCGAGGAGGUGAACUUGGCGCACUUCGCGGACAGGCCGAACCCGCUCGCAGCGGAGUGCAUCACGUCGCGCCCUGUCGCCGACUUCUACGCGGGCUGCUUCCUCCAGAUCGUGGCCGACGAGACUCGGGCGGGGCGCGCGACGGCGCGGCGCCAGAAGAGGUCCGUGGUGUUCACGGACGCAGGCGAGGUGGCCACUCCGCCGGACGCGACGGCGCGAGCGCACGCCUACCGACCCAAUCAUGCCGAGUUGAAGACUUUGAGCCCGUACGAGUUCGUCCGCUUGUUCGAGGUGGUACCAACGUACCCGCCACCAAGAGAUGCUUCGAAGCCAUCGACGGGCCCGACGGAGUGGAAGGCGAAUUCGCCGCCGGCCGCGGCUGAUGGGCCUCCACGGCCUGGGGUCCAUUAUGUCGUGAAGCCACCCGCGGAGGGAUGCAGGUACUUUGCGCUCGAAGAAGACCCAGACGACAUGGAGUUCGCGCACAUGUACGUGAUUGUACCCCGGGGCGUCCCCGCGCUACCCGUCUUCAUCGGGUCCGUCAUGCCUCAGCCCGAAAUGACGCCUGAGCGCCGCAGCGCCAGUUUGUCUGCGUACUUCCGACCAUGGACAUUGGUGUGCAAGUACGGAUCUUCUCGGGGGCCUGUUCCGCUAGCGAAGAAUCUGAACUUGCCGCCCAAGCGCCAGCGCUGUGGGAGGAGCGCGCCGAGCUUCCGAGUAGCCCACAAGCACUACCUUCGCGGCCACAUCGUCUCGCCGUCCAACCGCAUCCUGUGGGCGAACGUGCUCCGCACCAUGACGACGAUGCCGGAGAACGCCGACGAGGGCGAGGACGACCAGGACUCGAAGCCGGUGGAGGCGCUACCCGAGAACGCGUUUCCGGUCCUCAGCCCCAGCAGCAUCAUGGCAGAGUUACGGCGAGUAGACCGAGACGCCGGGGCAGAUGCCGCUGGCGAGGACAUUGGGAACCUCUCCCAUUCGGUGCACAAAGCGCUGGAGCAGAGCAUGUCCUUCUGGGACCCGCCGAACAGGGCGCCCACGUUGAACUUGCCACUGCGACAGUCUGCUCUUCGGCAUUCCAGUGCAAUGCCAGCGGGGGCUCGCGGGACUGCCCAGGAGCCACCGCGGAAGAUUGCGCGCUCCAAGAUGCGGGAGAAGCUGUACCCUGGCGACGCUGACCUGACAAGCAACAUCCAGAGCUGGCGGAGAGGACUGCAGACGCACCAGAUCACCCCCGACCCGCAGCAGAUGAGCAUCCUGGACGCCGUCGCCGACAGGUGCGUCCAGGAGGCCCGCGAGCAGGACCAGCUGCGCGGAUCGCCAUGCUCCCGGCUGUUCGUUCUCGGCCUGCCGGGUUCAGGGAAAUCGGAGGUCAUCCGGUGGCUGUGCGAGGAGGGCGUGGGGCUGUUCCCCACGUGCAUGGGAUGGGAACACGAGGUGCACUUCAUCAAGACCGCCCCCAUGAAUUCCAUGGCGAGCAACAUCGGUGGGCGAACCAUCCACAACUUCAGCAAGCUCGGAAUCGACCUCAUCACGGGAGUCCAGUCCGGCGGGAAGAAGGACCCGGAGUUGUCGGAGAACAUGCUGCACACGAAAAUCCAGCACAUGCGCUGGCUCAUCAUCGACGAGGUGGAGAACGUUUCGGUGGAGUUGCUGGACGCCGUGCACAGGCAGGUGAAGGACUCGACGAGGGACAAGGGAAGCCCCUGGGCCGUGGACGCACGCGUUCCAAAACAGUUCGCCAUGUUCGGAGGGCUCAACCUGGUGCUGCUCGGGGACUUAUGGCAGAUACCGCCCGUCAGGAGUCUCAGUAUUGCCGCCAACCCAUUUGUCAAGAGACCCGCCAACGUCGGCCGCAUACUGGAGAUGUUCUGGACAGAGGGCUUGCCGCACCCGGUGACUAACCGCUACGCCCUGGCCCAGUCGCACCGCUGCUCAGACGUGUGGUGGAGAAGCUUUCUCGCCGAAGCGCGCGCUGGGAAUCUGUCGGACAGGAUGUACGAUUUCGUCCACGGCUUCCCCACUGAUGUGCCCGGCUCCUGGAUGCCCGCAAGCCCCGGCAGCGCCGAGGCCUCGACGGGGCACUUCGGCUGCGGGAAGGCGAAGUGCCGCGCGCUCUGGUCAGUUGAGUGGCCACGGAUGUUCGGAGAAGGUCGGGCCUGGGAGGACAUGAAAUCCCUGGAGUGCGCUGAGUGCAGCGCGGAACGCCAUCGGCGCUGCGGCGUCGCCUCUCAGAGCGAUGCCAGACAGCGGGAGGUGAGCACGGCGUUCGCGGACGCGCUGUUCGUGCACCCGUACAACGCCCCGAAGAGCAGGAUUCUGACGCUGCGAGCGGCGAAUGCGGCAGCCAAUGCUGGGAAGCAGCUCCUCUGGGUGGUGGCGCGCGAUGUCCCCCUCACUCGGGACGACGCAUGCAGGUCGACGGAGUCGCUCUCCCACGCCAGGCAGAACUGGCUCAUGUACCCCGAGAACAAGACUGGCGGAGUUCCGGGUGUGCUGCCGAUCUUCGAGGGGAUGCGGGCGCGGUUCACCACCACGGAGAAUGCGGAGGCGGGAGCCUGCAAGCACUCCUGGGGUACCGUGACGGGCUGGGUCCUCCACCCCGACGACUCGAAGUUGGUGAAAGACCACAGGUCCGAGCCGGAGCUGGUCCUGCAGCACGUGCCCGAGGCGAUCAUGGUGCAAAUUCCCGGGAACACGGCGCCCCGCUUUGGGACUCAGCCCGCGGGCGUCUUCCCCGUGAAGCAGAGGGAGGUGUCCUGGGAUCGCAGUCCCGGCUUCAAGGCCAUGGUGAAGCGCGCGGGGUUCCCGCUGGUCCCGCACUUCGCCGCCACGGCCCACUGCGUCACCGGCGCCACGCUGCCGCAGGCCAUUAUCGACCUCCUGGACGCGCGCACGACGCCCCGCGCAGCCAUGGUCCCCACGGGCUACGUGGCCAUCAGCCGCACCAGGAGGGCUGACGAUCUGAUCAUCACGCAGCCUUUUUCGCCCAUGCUUUUCCGCCAGGGGCAUCAGACGGGCCCAUGGCUCUUGCACUCCCUGACAGCCGGGGAGAUGACGACGGAGCAGGCGGAAGCCGGCUGGGCCAAGGCAGAGAAGGAAGCCGCGUCCAGGUCGUCCAAGAAAUUGGUGGACGUCACUUUCCAGUGCGCCGACUGCCACCAGCGGAAGAGAGCGGGCAACUUCCCAGGCAGCGGCAUGAGAACGAGCGACCCCGUAGAGCACGCCGUGGCGUUGCUGUGCCAGGGCGCGUGGAGGAGGUGCGCCCUGUGCGCGCAGAAGCGGACCUCUGCUGCGGGCGCGCCCGCCGCGGCUGCAGAGCCAUUCGCCGCGAAAGGCAGAGACGUGCUCGUCUGCAAUCGCUGCAAGGAGACUAAAUCGUUAAAGAACUUCAGACGCAGCGAGGUCAAUGACUAG